AUGGAUGCUGCUAACUACGAAUCAUCUGAGCAUCUCCUUCUUCUUAAACAAUCCCUUUCUAUUUUACAAGCUUCUGCGGAUGAUUCUAGAAGGAACAAAUUCCUCAAAUCUUUUCCGGUAAAACACAAAGGAGGAACAGGCGCGAAUCUUGAAUCUGUGGUUCAUUUACUACACGAAAUGUAUUUUCCAGGAAAUGAUAAAAUCUUAGGAUCAAGUCAAUUAAGCGACUCAAUGAUCAUGUGGGACACACUCAAGUAUUCCCUUGUGUCUACAGAAAUUGCUGCAAGAUAUGAAAAAACUUCACAUGCCACCAAUUAUAGCAUUAGUUCAUUGUAUGAGGAAUUAAGAUCUUCUAGUGGCUUCAUUUUGUCAUUGUUGCUGAAAAUUGUCCACAACAUUCAUGCCCAAAAUUCUCUUGAUGUUCUUUUAAGAUUAAGGUGUAUUCAACAGUUUGCUAAGUCUAUACACGCUAAUACUCUAAAUGAACUACCUGGUCAUACAAACAGAGUUGAAGAUAAUAUGAUGAGCAUAUUGGAAAAUGCUGACAUGGGCAUACGAUUCUCAGCUUAA